GUGGUCUCAAUUUGAAGCCAGCAUUCUUCUUUGGGCGAGCAACCUGCUUUCUCAGUCCUCUCUACCAAGACACCGCGCGCGCACAGCCUCUGCCUCCCACAGGCAUGGCCAUUGUCGCAGCGUCAGGAGGAGUCGGCAUGGCCUCCACCAUCAAGCUCCAGUCUCACAAGCCAUCCUCGAAUACAACGACGACCCCGUUUCUGGGCAAGAAGCUCGCCAUCAAACUUCCCCUCAGGACCCUCGUUUCAAGCCCCAAAGCCCUCGUUCUCGCCUCGGGAGGCCACCUGAUCGAUGCGGUCAAGGACCUGUUUCUGGGUGUCGGCGUGGGCCUUCCGUGCACGGUCAUGGAGUGUGGGGACAUCAUCUACCGAAGCACACUCCCCAAGUCCAGUGGCCUGACGCUCACGGCCCCAGGUGCGGUCUUGGCUCUUGGGGCUCUUUCUUACCUGUGGGCGACUCCUGGUGUGGCUCCUGGGUUCUUUGACAUGUUUUUUCUUGCUUUUGCCGAGAGAUUGUUCAGACCCACCUUCAGGAAGGAUGAUUUCGUGCUGGGGAAGAAGUUGGGCGAGGGAGCCUUUGGUGUGGUUUAUAGGGUUUCACUGGCUAAGAAGUCUUCUUCAAAUAAGGAAGGUGACUUGGUAUUGAAGAAGGCUACUGAAUACGGUGCGGUCGAGAUUUGGAUGAAUGAACGUGUCCGAAGAGCUUGUGCUAGUAGCUGUGCCGAUUUUCUAUAUGGCUUUCUAGAGAAUUCUUCGAAGAAAGGAGGAGAAUAUUGGCUUAUAUGGCGAUUUGAAGGGGAAUCAACACUUGCAGAUUUGAUGCAGAGCAAAGAGUUCCCUUAUAAUGUAGAAACAAUGAUUCUCGGGGAGGUACAGGACUUGCCGAAAGGAAUUGAAAGGGAGAAUAGGAUCAUUCAAACUAUCAUGAGACGGAUCCUCUUUUGCCUGGAUGGUCUUCAUUCGACAGGCAUUGUGCAUAGGGAUAUUAAGCCACAGAACAUUAUAUUUUCUGAAGGUGCUCGUACAUUCAAGAUAAUUGAUCUUGGAGCAGCAGCAGAUCUCAGAGUGGGUAUCAAUUAUAUUCCGAAGGAAUUUCUAUUAGAUCCAAGGUACACUGCACCAGAACAAUACAUUAUGAGCACACAAACUCCCUCUGCACCUUCAGCUCCAGUGGCUACUGCUCUUUCCCCAGUUUUAUGGCAGAUGAAUUUGCCAGACAGAUUUGAUAUCUACAGCACUGGUCUCAUUUUUCUACAAAUGGCGUUUCCAUCAUUGAGGACCGAUAGUAGUCUCAUACAAUUCAACCGGCAGCUCAAAAGGUGUGACUACGAUCUGGUCGCAUGGAGAAGAAGCUUAGAACCCCGCGCCAGCCCCGAUCUAAGGCGGGGGUUUGAGCUGUUAGAUUUAGAUGGUGGAAUAGGAUGGGAACUUCUCACAUCAAUGGUUCGCUUCAAACCUCGGCGAAGAACUAGUGCAAAGGCAGCAUUAGCUCAUCCAUACUUCGAUAGAGAAGGAUUGUUGGUUUUAUCCUUCAUGCAGAAACUGAGGUUGCAGCUCUUUCGAGCCACGCAACAGGAUUAUGAGGAGGCUGCCAAAUGGGUAAUUCGGCUGAUGGCUAAGUCAGGGACAGAGCAGGAUGGUGGUUUCACAGAAGCUCAGCUUCAGGAGCUUAGAGAAAUGGCACCUAAACAGAAGGCAACUGCUCCAAGAAAUGCUCUAGCCUCAGCUCUCCGUCUCCAAAGGAAGAUAUUAAGAACAUUAAAUGAGAGCAUGGAUGAGCUCAACCAGCGCCGAAAGAGCCUCUGGUGGAGCCGGUGGAUCCCUAGGGAGGAAUGAAGUUUGUAAAUAUAUGCACACCUUUUCUAAUCUUCAUGUAAAUUUUGUCUAGCCAUCGUAACUAUAUCAAAGGAAUAGAGUGAUGCUCUAAGUUGAAAAGAAAUAGAUGUAGUUAAUUUUUGCUUAUUAGAAAACUGGGGUACUCUGAAUUCAUGUCUUCUGGUUCUUCAGAGUGUUAUAAAGUUGAUAAUGAUAUCAAAUACAAUCAAGUGUUUCUUGUCUAA